CCACUGUGUUUGAUUCCUUUGGUCUGUUUCAACAUGUCAGCCCCGUGUGUAGAGGUGUAAUGCGGCUGUCAUGUCAACAUGUCUCUGCUCAGACUAUGUGCCUUUCCCCGAUGUCUGAGUGGCCGAGCUCUGCUCGACACAAGCGUCUUUCGAGUGUCGCAUGCGAGGCGACGUCCCGUGUGUCACACCGUCCGGGAGGCGGCGGAGCGGGCUCGAGCAGGGAACCCGUGGACGUUUCAACGGCAGAAUUUCUCGGCCCGUGCGCGAGCUGUCUUUCCCAGGGCGGCCGACGGCAGGAAGAGAACGCGGGAGCAGUCGGUGUUGCUGGACGUCCUAGAAGCCCGGAUCCAGCAGCUUCAAUGUGACUUCCUCCUGGAACCCCCACCCUCCCAGGCCCCGCCCCUCAGACCCCCACCCUCCCAGGCCCCGCCCCUCAGACCCCCACCCUCCCAGGCCCCGCCCCUCAGACCCCCCCAGCAAGGCAGAGGUGGGGCCCCAGCCAGGCUCCCAGUGGGGGGCCAGCCCAGGGGGGCUGGCGGCCCCCUUGGGAAGGAACAGGCCAGCCGCUGGAUGGAGAAACUGAACAAGGAGAAGAGGGUAACCAAUACAAAGCUUCAGAGGAUCCAGCAGAAGAACACCAAGACCCUCACCUCCAAGACCCCCACCCUCACCUCCAAGACCCCCACCCUCACCUCCAAGCCCACCACCAAGACUACCUCCAAGCCCACCAGCAAGACUACCUCCAAGCCCACCAGCAUGACUACCUCCAAGACUACCUCCAAACCCACCACCAAGAGUACCAAAAACCCUGCCUCUAAGGCCAGGAUGAUGGCUGAGGCUGGGAGGGAGGCUGGGGCGGAGGCCAUUGUGAGGACAGGGCCUGAAGCAGACACUAAGGUCAAGACUAAGGUCAAGACUAAGGCUAGGGCUGGUGGAGGGGCUGGAGGUGGAGGGGGGCAGAGGAAGGCUGAGGUGUCUAGGGAGGCUGGGCAACAGGAGGAGGCUGGGCAGCAUGAGGAGGCCAGCUGGGACAGGGAGCUGGAGGGGCUACAGGAGCUACAGGCACGGAUCAACCAGCUUGCCGAGGCCGGGGCCGGGGCUGGGGCCGGGGCCGGGACUGGGGGGGAGCAGGGCCACAGCCCCACGGCGGUACGGUCCUACCUGGAGGCGUGUGUGGCGGCGCUGGACGUCAACGUGGCUCAUCGCUUCCUGCUGGAGCAGCAUCGCCGUCUGAAGAGACGCAACAUGCUGACCACCGCAGAGUAUAACACCAUGAUGAGGGCCUGGGCCAAGAGGGGUAACCUAGGUAACGUGCGUCGUAUCUUCACGCUGCUGGAUGAGGCGGGGUUGAAGCCAGACCUGGGCUCCUACGCUGCUGCCCUGGAGGCCAUGGGCCGCAUCACAUCCUGCCCCGCGCACAUCAUCCUCAGGUGUCUAAGCCAGCUGGAGGGGGAUGGUCUGAGUCUGGAUGGCAUGUUCAGAAAGGUGAUGUUCAAGCAGGAUGAGAAGGACAUGGUUCUGAAGGCUGUACACGCCGUCCAGCCAAACUACCAGCCCAGCAGCUCCUUCACCCAGCCUCUCUGCUCCUCUCCUCUGGUCAAAGACUUCUACACCCAGCGUGGAGAGGCGUCCUACCCUAAGCUGCCGUUCUCCCAUGCGGAGCUGCAGAGGAAGUUCAGGCAGCAGCUCAGUGAGGAGCAGGCCUGCACCGUCACCAUCCAGUCAGUAGAGAGCAGCAAACCUGUCACUCCCCACGCCUCCAGGAUGAGGGAGCUGUUGUGUGAGCUGCGCUCCCAGUGGCAGAGCAGCCUCCUGCUGGCCUUCAGAGAGACCAGGCAGGCCCUGGCCUCCAGCAGCCACCAUCACCUCAAGACCAGCUUGUACCCCUACCUGUGUCUGCUCCAGGACCAGGACUACACCGGCAUCAUGAUGCAGAGCCUGCGAGGGAUGUCACCCCAGGGGGACUCUCUGCACAGCCUGGCUCGCUCUCUGGGGACGCAGGUCCACAGCAAGUUGUGUGUCCAGGACAGGAACCACAGCAGGAUGGUGCACAAGCUGGGCCAAGUCUACCAGGAGUACACACACCUGCUGGCCCAGGACACAGAGUCCUCCUCCUCCCUUCCCAGGGAGCACUGGUGUCGUGUGGAAGCUGCCCAGGCCUCAGGGCCCUCCCUCCAGGGGGACGACGCCCCGUGGCCCCCCAUGCUGGUGCUGGAGCUGGGCACCUUCCUGGUGGAGCUGAUGGUGAAACACCUGCAGGUUCGCAGCAACAUCCUGAACCCCCAGCAGACAGACAGCAAGAUGGUCCCCAUCCUCUACCACAUGUACACCUUCCGCAGCGUGAAGCAGGUUGGCUUCAUCAAGCCCCACCCCAUCCUGAGCCAGAUACAGCUGGACGCCAUGGAAACGACCUUGACGUUUGACUCUUAUGUGAUGCCCAUGCUGUGUCCUCCCCUCCCCUGGACCAGCACACGCUCUGGUGGCUACCUGCUCACCCCCGCCAAGAUCAUGCGUACGGGUGGAGCAGCCCAGCAUGAGGUUCUGUUGGACCGGACGCCCACCCAGAGCAUGCACGCCGUGCUGGACUCUCUGAACCAGCUAGGGAACUGUGCCUGGAGGGUCAACCAGCAUCUCCUAGACGUCAUCAUCUCCUUGUUCAACGACCGCGGCAACGAGAAGCUGGCGGUGCCCCCGCCCGUGUCUGAGGGCCCGGAGGUACCCCGCUUCAGCCCCAGAGACCCCGCAGUCAGCCCCGCCCAGAAGGCUACCCUGAAGACCCAGGCCAACAAGGCUAAGAAGCGCCUCAGUGAGAUGCACAGCUUGAGAGUGUCUGCGCUGUACAAGCUGUCUAUCGCCCACCACCUGAGGGAGCAGGUCUUCUGGUUCCCCCACAACAUGGACUUCAGAGGCCGCACCUACCCCAUUCCCCCACACCUCAACCACCUGGGCAGCGAUGUGACCCGGGCCAUCCUGGUGUUUGCAGAGGGCCGUCCGCUGGGUCCGCGGGGGCUGGACUGGGUCAAGAUUCACUUGGUGAACCUGACGGGGCUGAAGAAGCGUUGCUCUCUGCAGGAGAGGCUGGACCACGCCAACAGCCUCAUGGAGGACAUCCUGGACUCUGCUGACCACCCCCUGACAGGGAGAGGUUGGUGGAUGGAAGCUGAGGAGCCCUGGCAGGCUCUGGGCUGCUGUAUGGAGAUCGCCAACGCAACCAGGUCACCUGACCCUGCCCAGUACAUAUCACACCUGCCAGUCCACCAGGACGGCUCCUGUAACGGGCUGCAGCACUACGCAGCUCUGGGUCGGGACGUCGUGGGAGCCACCUCUGUCAACCUGGCGCCCUGCCCCCUGCCCCAGGACGUCUACAGCAGCGUGGCCCAGCAGGUGGAGGUGUUCCGCUGCAGGGAUGCUGCGCGGGGCGUGCAGGUGGCGCAGGUGCUGGAGGGGGUGGUGGGCAGGAGGGUGGUGAAGCAGACUGUGAUGACCGUGGUGUACGGGGUGACGCGCUACGGGGGACGACUGCAGAUAGAGAAGAGACUGAGAGAGGCCGAGCACUUCCCUCAGGAGUACCUGUGGGAGGCAUCUCACUACCUCGUGCACCAGGUGUUCAACAGUCUGAAGGAGAUGUUCACUGGUACCAGAGAAAUCCAGGACUGGCUGACGGACAGUGCUCGUCUGAUCUCUAAGUCAGGGCGGCCGGUAGAGUGGGUCACACCCUUGGGCCUGCCAAUCAUCCAGCCCUAUCACCGCCCCCGCCACACCCAGUUGAAUAGCACCAUGCAGACUCUUUGUCUCUCGAUCAACUAUGAUGCUAAACAGAGACCAGACACUAUGAAGCAGAAGAACGCCUUCCCUCCCAACUUCAUACACUCUCUAGACUCCACACACAUGAUGCUGACAGCCCUGCACUGCUGCAGGGCUGGUGUGACAUUUGCAUCUGUCCAUGACUGUUUCUGGACCCAUGCUAUUACUGUGGACACCAUGAACAAGGUUUGCCGGGAGCAGUUUGUUGCCCUACACAGCCAGCCAAUCCUUCAAGAGCUUUCCAACUUCCUGCUUAAAAAGUACUGCUCUGGGCUACCGUCUGACCUGAAGAAACCAGACUACAGGAGGAUGAUGCUGCUUCUGGCCAAGGUGCCUCAGACAGGUGACUUUGAUCUUCAGAAAGUAAAGGAGUCCACCUUCUUCUUCAGUUGAUUGGAGCUGACAGGGAGCGUCAGAGAGGAGAGAGGGAUGAUAGAGGGGAGGAGGAGAGAGGGAUGA